AUGGUAGUGACUUGGACGUGUCAUCCAUGUUACGGUAAUGUAGGCCUAACCUUCCUAUUUGGAGGAAUACUAGGAUGGAUAGUAGUGAAAAUAUUGAAGCCAAAGCCACAUCUAGAAGGCCUGAUCAUUGCUACAUGUUCAUCUGGAAACUUGGGAAACCUAAUGUUGAUAGUUGUCCAUGCAAUCUGUUCUGAAGAAGGCAGCCUUUUUGGUAAUCACAAAACAUGUAGUUCCGUUGCCUUGUCUUAUGCAUCUUUCUCCAUGGUGCUUGAAGGUUUCUUCAUUUGGACUUACACUUACCAACUAAUACGAAGCUCAUCAAUGAAAUACAAAGCUCUUCAAGCAGCUGAAGAGAUCUCAAAGUUACCAAACAACGAUUUAGAAUCCGAUGAGAAGACUCAUCUUCUUGAAGGAGAAGUUCAAGAACAUGUCGCUAUACUCGUGCCAUCAACAAGACCCACUGAAGAGUACACAGAAGAAAACCAAGCUAUGCCCCAAGUGUCUGCCAGCAAACUGGAGAAAGAGAACGUGUCGUUUUGGGGAAAUAUAAUAGUAGUUCUCCACCAGUUGCUGGAGGAGUUAUUGGCACCUCUUGUAAUGUAA